AUGGUCGAUUGGGCAGCCCCCGCGGUCAACGGCCGUGUCGUGCUGACGAUCCAGGCCGAGAUCUUCAUCUGCAUGGGCAUCUUCUUCACCGACAAUGUCCGGUUUGCGCGCUUCGACUACUCGCUGCUCCGCGGCCGGCGGAGCCACCGGCUGGCGCAGAUCCCCUACUUUGCCUCGAAACUCUUCUGGUGGAGCUACAUGGUGUCGUGCCUCGUCUUCCUCUACACCUACACCGAGAUCGACUGCGACACCGUCAUGGCGUGGAUCGAGGCCCAGAUGGGCUGGGUCGCCGUCGCGUCGAGCGCGCUGCUGGCCUGCCGCGCCGUCUGCGUCUUCUCUGGCCGCGCCAGGACGGCCGUGUCGGUCGCCCUCGUCGUCCUCACCGCCGGCACCCUGGCCGCCUGGAUGGCGGGCGUCAAGGACGUCGUCUCGGUGUGGCUUCCGGGCGCCGGGCCCGAGUGGGUCGACGGCCAGUGCUCGUACGUCUCGGUGCACCAGCGCUACAUUGUCAAGUACCUCAUCACGACGGCCUACGACCUGGUGGUGCUGCUGCUCACCGUCUUCGGGCUGAUGAGCUUCAAGGGCGGCCCGUGGAUCGGCCAGCUUCUCAUCGAGCAGGGCAUCCUCUACUUUGCCGCCACGCUGCUGGCCAACAUGGUCGUCACCGCCCUGACGCUGGCCAACCUGUCGCCCUCAAUGUCGCUGGCGGGCGCCGUGCCCUCGUCGCUCGUCUGCGUCAUGUGCUCGACGCGCCUCUACGCCCAGCUGGCCGAGGAGGUCUCGAACCGCAACCAGUACGGCUCGGCGGGCGUGUCGUCGUUCAACUCGCGCAAGGCCAAGCUGUCGGGCACCUCGAGCGGCUUCGCCACCUCGUCGACGGGCACCGGCAGCAAGCAGGCCGACAAGGGCCCUACGGUCAUCAUGCUCAAAUCGGUCGACAACCGUAGCACCAGCGGCGACGACGAGACGCCCGCCGAGGUGGCCCACUUCACAAAGGUGGACGCGCACAGCGCCUCGACCGACGACAUCGAGGCGCAGCAGCACCGCAUGGGUCAGCCGCAUCCCUACAACGGCGUAUGGAUCGAGGAGACGACCCACCGCAGCGUGUCAGAGAGCUACCCUUGA